UUCAAUCCAGAUGUUUCGAAAAAGAUAAUUUUGCAGAUGGCAUUCCAACAGAUCAAGGUCAUUGGGAUAGCUAGAGUAUUGGCUGCUGCUUUGGGUGGUGUUGUUGUUGGUGCGUCGAGUGUGGUUAAAGUACCCCAAAUUCUCAAGGUUGUAAAUCCUCCUACAUUAGAAGGUAGGAUCAAGGUUGCAAAUGGAAUUACUUUAGAAGGUUUAAGUUUAGAAACUUUAAGUCAAUUGAUUCACAUUGUUUAUAACUUCCAAAACAAAAACUCUUUUGUUAACUAUGGGGAAACUGCCUUAGUGGGUAUUCAGAAUGUUAUUAUAAUUCUCUUGAUCGAAUAUUACCGUUUGAGACAACAUUUUGAAAGUAUUAGCAACUCUCCAGAAAAAUUGCAAAUUGAAUAUUCUUUAAAGGAAUUGCAAAAACCAAUUCUCACUAUGUUCGGUAUAUUUAUCUUUUUAACAAAGAUAGCUCCAUCCUCUUUAAUUGAUGGGUUGCAAAUUUUAGGCAUUCCUAUUUCAAUCGUUGGUAAAAUUCCUCAACUUAGAAAAAAUUAUCUUUUGAAGUCCACAAGUCAUUUAUCUAAUAUCACCAUUGGUGCUAAUGUACUUGGAACUGCUAUAAGGGUGUUUACAACAAUUAAAGGUACCCGUAAGGCCUUGAAACCAAGUGAUUAUGUCUUGUUAACCGGCUAUUCUAGUGGGUUAAUUCUCAACUUGAUACUUGCCGGUCAAGCAGUCUACUACGGAAAAUUCUAUACAGCUUCCACCGAUGAAGAUGAAGCUAAGAAGGAUAUCUAGAUCUAUUUUAUCUAUUCUUUCAUGUAUAAUUAAAUAAACAUCCGUACAUCUCCCUUUCUUUAAGCACCGCUAAUAUAAUUCCGUCG